AUGGGAAAUAAGAAUGUAAUAGUAGUGUUAUUGUUGGUAAUGCCCUUGUUGAUGGCUGUGUCUUUAAGCAGCAACUUCACAGAUGAAUCUGCUCUUAUAGCCAUCAAAUCUCAUAUCACUUCCGACUCCAAUAACAUCAUAGCAAGCAACUGGUCAGAAGGAACCUCUUUUUGCAGUUGGGUCGGCAUCUCUUGCAGCACUAGGCGCCCAAGAGUGACGCCCUUGAAUCUUCCAAGCAUGGGUCUUGGAGGUACCAUUCCCAAAGAAAUCGGCAACCUCUCAUUCCUUAAUUUUCUCAACAUCAGUAUUAACAACUUCGGUGGCAAUCUCCCUCGUGAAUUGGGCCACUUGCGUAGGCUGAAAUCAUUAGAUUUGAGUUCCAAUGAGAUCUCUCGGGACUUGCCUACAAGUUUGGGGUUCUUAAUCAAGCUACAAGUCCUGCAUCUGUCUCACAAUCAUCUCACGGGAUCUAUUCCCCGAGAGAUAGGUUUUCUUCAUAGUUUACAGAGACUCGCCAUCAUUAACAAUUCUAUCUCAGGAUUCAUUCCUUCCACCAUAUUCAAUAUCUCCUCCUUGCGGGUGAUUUUGUUGAAUAAUAACAGCCUAUAUGGGACCCUACCAUUGGAAAUGUGCAACAAUCGUCUAAAGUUGCAAGCGUUGAAUCUUGAAAGGAAUCAGUUAAGUGGUCAACUGCCAACCAGUUUACACAAAUGUACCCAACUUCAAGUUCUAGGGAUAUCAGUCAAUGAAUUCACAGGAAGCAUACCUAUGGGGAUCAGCAACUUAACUAAGCUCAAACUGUUAGCACUCGCCAGGAAUAACAUGACAGGUAAGAUUCCACAUUCGGUUGUUAAUAUGUCCAACUUAGAGGCCAUCGACAUUGGUCAAAACAAUAUCCACGGCAGUAUUCCUCGGGCAUUGGGACAACUAUUGAAUUUAAAUUUUUUAUCCAUGUCAGCUAACAACCUUGGUGGUGCACCACCACACUUAAUUUUCAACAUCUCUACAUUGGAAGCCCUUCCCUCUCUACGAAUCAUUUUUUUGGGAAUCUUCCGUCAACUAUAG